AUGAAAGAGUUAUUAGAUUUAGUAUGGCAUUUUGAACCCUUCUCAUUUGUCAUGGUCAUGGCCACAGGUAUCUCAUCGGAUAUCCUGUAUUCGUUUCCUUACCCAGCAAGAUGGCUAAAGAUAUGUUCAUAUAUCAUGUUUGCUGUCGCAUGUAUCAUCUUCCUCUAUUUACAAAUAUUUGCCAUCUUACAUAUGAUCUUUUACGUUAAAAAGAAUUCUUUUGUCAAAUACUACAAUCAUUAUUUCAGAAACAUCAACCAUAACGUCUUCUGGGGUACUUACCCAAUGGGUAUAGUCACAUUACUCAAUUUCAUGACUAAUUUGUCUCAAAUUGAUUCGAUCUCUCAUGAUAAUGCAAGAAGAUUACUAAUUUUCAUUUAUAUUGGGUGGUGGUACGACGUCCUCGUCUCACUCUUAUGUGCAUGGGGUAUCUCUUUCCUCAUAUGGCAGAAGUUUUACUCCGUUGAAUACGAAAGAGACGCUAAUCAUCAGGACGACUUAUAUUUCACCAAGAAUAUAGAAAUGGCAGCUAAAAACUUGAAAACAAUUUUAUUAUUAGCUAUUGUACCUUUAGUCGUCGUUGCUUCAUGUAGUGCUAACUUCGUAAUGACAGACCUCUUUACAAAGACAUUCAAUAGGAAUAUCCAGUUACUGACACUGAUGGUCACCGCUUUGAUUUGGUUCCAUGCCCUAAUAUUCGUUUUCAUUCUCAUUACUAUCCUUUUCUGGAAUUUUUACGUCAAUAAGAUCCCACCCAUGUCACAGGUGUUUAGUAUAUUUUUGGUAUUAGGGCCCCUGGGUCAAGGUAGUUUCGGUAUCCUACUACUCACAAACGAUGUCAAAAAAUACGUCUCAUUAUAUUACCCACCUGCUCAAGAUAACUUUGAAUAUACCGUACUCCUCAUAACAAUUCCAUGGUGCAUUAAGAUAAUAGGUUUAUUUCUUUCAUUGGCUCUACUGGCUUCAGGUUAUUUCUACUCUAUUAUAUCAGUUUUGGCAUUGUUAACCUAUCAUAGACAUUCUGACUUGACAGAUCCAAAUAAACCCAAGAGACUUUACCAUUUCAAUAAGGGCUUCUGGGCCGUUACUUUCCCCACAGGUACAAUGUCCCUAGGUAGUCUCGAAGUGUAUAAGCAAUUCAACCCAUUAGUUCCUAUGGGAGCCUUUAGAGUCAUUGCAGUGAUAUACGCCUGCGUAUGUAUCUUUUGGACAUUAUUAUGUCUCAUAGGAACAGCAUAUUUAUACUAUUGCGGUAUAAAAAACUGGUUGCAAAGAAGGAAUCCCGACGAAGAUAGCAUGGACAUCACAAUGGCAAGCAAGAUUACUGAUGAUGAUGAUCCAGAUAUUGAAAAUAAUAUAGGUGAUGAUGAUCUUGCCUGA